CACCUUAUUAUCCUCUCUUCCUCUUCAUUCCGCUUUCUCUCCCUCUGUCGUUCCUGUACCACCCGGCUCAUCUCUGGAGCCCGAGCAAGCGAGUGGCUGAAGGAGUCCUCGGCUGUGUGAGAGUCAGACUCAAAGAAUAAUUGCAAUGGAGUGCUUCAACAGCCUACUCCUCAAACUGCGGGAGGUCCACGAGCGAGAAGUGGAGGGUUGGCAAGGGAAAAUCCAAGAGCUGUCCAACAAGAAAGGCUGUGAUACAAAGCGAAUGGAGGACCUGUUUUCCAAAAACCAGCAGAUGAAAGAACAGCAGAGAGUACUCACCGAGAACAUCAAGACACUGGAAAACAGGCUGAGGGCGGGGCUGUGUGACCGAUGCACAGUGACUCAGGAGGUAGCCAAGAGGAGACAGCAGGAAUUUGAGUCUUCACAGAUACAGAGCAUCCAGCACAUCACUCUACUGGCGGGAGAGAUGAACAACCUGAAAAAGGAGAACAAGCUACUUAGAGAGGACCUCAGGAGUAUCCGAGCAGCCUUUGAGUGAGUAUGGUGUAUAAGCAUGUAAAAUAGAAUGAAAGU